ACUUCUACCACCUUACAAGCUUUCGCUUCGCUUUGAGAGAAUCAAGAAUCCAUCUUCCUUCAGUGUGUGUGUGUGAUAGAGAAAGAGAGAGCAAUGGAGGGCAAGGAAGAGGAUGUGAGACUAGGAGCAAACAAAUUCACAGAGAGACAGCCUAUAGGGACAUCAGCUCAGACUGACAAAGACUACAAGGAGCCACCACCAGCUCCCGUGUUCGAGCCAGGUGAGCUCUCCUCAUGGUCCUUCUACAGGGCUGGGAUUGCCGAGUUCAUCGCCACUUUCUUGUUCCUUUACAUCACUGUCUUGACUGUCAUGGGUGUCUCUAAGUCUCCCAACAAGUGUGCAACCGUAGGUACCCAAGGUAUUGCUUGGGCCUUCGGGGGUAUGAUCUUUGCCCUUGUCUACUGCACCGCUGGUAUCUCAGGUGGACACAUCAACCCAGCAGUGACCUUCGGUCUGUUUCUGGCAAGGAAGCUCUCCUUGACGAGGGCUGUGUUCUACAUCAUCAUGCAAUGCCUUGGUGCCAUCUGUGGCGCUGGGGUGGUGAAGGGUUUUGAGGGAAACCGUGUGUAUGAGAGUUUGGGUGGCGGAGCCAAUGUUGUGGUUUCUGGCUACACUAAAGGUGAUGGUCUAGGCGCUGAGAUUGUCGGCACCUUUGUUCUUGUCUACACCGUCUUCUCUGCUACCGAUGCAAAGAGGAACGCCAGAGAUUCUCAUGUCCCUAUUUUGGCUCCUCUGCCCAUUGGGUUUGCAGUGUUCUUGGUUCACCUGGCCACCAUCCCUAUCACUGGAACUGGCAUUAACCCAGCCAGGAGUCUUGGAGCUGCUAUCAUCUUCAACAAAGACCACGCAUGGAAUGACCAUUGGGUUUUCUGGGUUGGACCCUUCAUUGGAGCUGCUCUUGCUGCUCUGUACCACCAGAUAGUCAUCAGAGCUAUCCCUUUCAAGGCCAGAGCUUGAUGUUUUUAGCAUCCCUUUUGAGUCUUAUCAACACUCUUCUCCCUUGGUUUCUCAUCUUCAUUGCUUUUGUUGUGUACUUAUGUUUCUGUCGCUCCCUGUGAAUCUGGUGCCGGAGUGCUAAUCAUGUGUGUAAAUUAUCAAGUGGUGCUGUAUUACGUGAAGCUUCAAUGCAGAGAUUCUUUUUUAUCUUAA